CAGCGCCUAAACAUCUUCUCCACUGCCCCUUCCUCCCCUCGGCCUCCCUCUCGCCCCCCCCCCCUUUUGGUCUCCUCCCUCCUUCCUACACCUUCGCUCUUCUCUCCCCCCUCUGCCGAGCGCACGCCAUGAAGGCCUCCGCUAGCGAGCGGAAGCCGGUGCUGUCCCUGGCCACGGCGGUCGGCCCGACGGCCGCGCCAGGAAAGGCCUCACCCGGGACAUCCAGCCAGUUGGCUGGCUCCGCCGCGGCUGGAGGCAAGCCGUCCCAUGCCAAGGCCACCCCUGCGGAGCAUGGAUCCUCGACCGGCUCCUCGGCCAGCUCCUCGGCGUCCUCCUCUUCGAGCACCCUUGCCCGAUCGGGGCCACCGCCGUCGACGCCUCUGCCAGCCCCGAUUCGGUCGCCGACUCUGGCAUCGACAUUGACCGUGGCCAGUCCAUGGAACACCGAGCAUGCGCGGGCCUUGCUAGUCGGCCAGCGUACCUCGGUCGCGGUCGGCCGCCGGGUGUGGUACUUUUUCGACGAUGAAUAUGCCUGUCACUCCUUCGGCCGUGGGCAUCCUAUUCAGCCCUUCCGGGCCCGCCUCACCCACCAGCUCCUCGUGCAGUACAGCCUCCUGCGCGAGUUCAUCCUUUGUGGCUCUUACAACCGGGCGGCCUUCGCCGACCUGACGCGCUUCCACACCGAUGACUAUGUGUCAUCGAUUGCCUUGGCCGCGGCGGCCGCCAUGGCCGACAGCACCGGAUCCAUGGCGUCCUUGCGACGGAGUCGCGAUGUGGCCAAUGUGUGUGCGGCCUUUGGCAUUGUGCCCGAUGGCGAUUGUCCGCCCUUCGACGGGAUGGACACCUUUUGUUCGAUCUACGCCGGGGGGUCGCUGGCCGGGGCGCGGGCCCUCAAUGCUGGCGAGGCGGACGUCGCCAUCAACUGGCUGGGGGGCUUUCCGCACGCGAAUCCGGCCAAUGCCUCCGGCGGGUCGUUCAUCAAUGACGUGGUGCUGGCCAUCCUGGAGCUCCUGCGCAAGCACCAGCGUGUUCUCUUCAUCAACCUGGACUCCUUCCACGCGGACGCGGUCGAAUCGGCCUUCUACACGACGGACCGUGUGCUGACCAUGUCCUUCCACCGGUACUGUGACCCGUCGGUGUCCCCGGCGCCGACCUUCUCCGCGGACAUCGUCAACAGCGCGACUCCCAAGCCCGGCACUGCCGGUGCCCGGGCAGGUGCCACGCGAGCUGGUGGGGCUGGUCAUGGCCGGAAGGCGGCCGCCGGCGGCGGUUCGACCGCAGCCUCCACCACACCGGCGACCCUGUCCAGCGUCAAUGCCGCCGGAGCCAGCGCCAUUGCUGCGGCGGUGCUCCACAAUACAGCCUUCGGGCCGAUCUUCCCCGGGACCGGGGCCCCGGGAGACACCGGCGCCCCGGGCCCCGGGCGCGGCCAUGCCAUUAACAUUCCCCUCUGGGAUGGGAUUGACGACUCAUAUGCCGCGAGGCUGUUUACCGAGUCCGUCCGACGGACGGUGGAUGCCUACCAGCCGAGCGCCAUUGUCUUCCGGUGUUCCACCGGCGCCCUGGCUGGCGACCGGUUUGGCACCUUCGGCCUGACCUUGCAGGGCUACUCGCGGAUCUUGGAUACGGUUCUCGAUUUUGGCCUGCCCGUGCUGCUACUUGGCGGUGGGAUGGCCUCCUCGGCGGCCGGGGUCAAGAUGCAAGUGUGCUUGUCAGCCCGGGCGGCCGGGAGGCCAUUGCAAAUUGGCUCGGCCCUGCCACUGGUGGCCGCCGGCCGGGAGUACUUUGCCCCGGACUUCCGCAUGUACAUCGAGCCGCUGAUUGGCGGGCAUGCAGCCAUUGCCGGGGCCCUGGCUGGCGCCUCGGCCGCGGCCCCAUCCAUCAGCCAGUCAUCCAACAUUGUCAGUAGCAUCGGCGGUUUGGAGAUGGCCGAAAUCACGUCGCGUCUUUCUCUCCUGGAUGCGCAGCUGUCAAUAGUCCGCGCGACGCGCCUGGCGCAAGAUGCCCCGUUGGGGCAGAAUGGCGCCCGCAUGCGGGACGCCCUUGUGUGCUCGCCGCCUCCCGGGGGGGACACGCCGGCCGUUUCGCCGGGGUCGCGCCCGACCGCUGGCGACCGAGAGCCCGCGCCACGCGGCGCGGCCGGGCGGAAACGGCACAAGGCUGAUUGCGCUGCUCGACUAUCGGGAGCGGCUCUCGCGCCGGGUGUGUCCUUCUAUCUGUGAAGGGCACCCGCCCUGCAUCUGCAUGUGUUCGCCCCCCCCCCCC